AACUUGUGCAACCAUAAUACAAGGUUUCAAAGCAUUUGUAAUAGCGUCCAAGCUGAACUGUAGAAUAAUUACAGGAGUAAUUUGUGGACCUGAAAAAUAACUGACAAUGGCGGUGUUACAAAUGGUACUGCUGCUCUGUGCUGGGAGUUCACUUGCAGAGGAGUUCUUUUCACCAACUGUGAACAUUAUUGCUGAGCUUGAGAAACUGAAAAGCAUGAAUGAAAGGAUACAAAAGUUAGAAGAAACACUGGCCAAAGUGUUGAGUGAAAAUGAAGCAUUGAAAACCACAGUACAAGAUUCACAAAAUAAGCUUGAAUCUUUCCAGAAAGAGAACGAAGCCAAAAAAGUCGCCUUUUCUGCUGGACUUCUGGAAUCUGGAACAGGAAACACUGGACCCAUUAAUGCUGCGAAAACUCUGAUCUACAAAAAAGUCUUCAGUAAUAUUGGAGGUGCCUAUGACUCAAAUACCGGUAUUUUCACAGCACCAAAAAAAGGAGCCUAUUACUUCAGAUUUUACGCUCAUUCCCAUGGUGGAACCAAUAUGGCAGUCAGUCUCUUGAAGAAUGGUAAAACCCAGUGCUCUGUGUUUGCUUGGAAGCCUACCUCCAAUGGUAAUGGCAGCAAUGGUGUUGUUCUCACACUGGAGACCGGUGAUCAAAUUUAUACCCAACUUUGGGCGAACACCUGGGUUUACGAUGAUCCAGCAAGUUACACCAGUUUCGGUGGCUUUCUGCUUUUCCCCAUGUGAAUGUCUGAAUCUUGUAUAACCCAUAACCUAAGGAUCCUCAAAUGCAAACUGUGUGUCUUUUGCUUCAAAACAGCGACCAUACAUUUGUGUUUUGUUUCCUUUCUUCUAUUAUUUUUCCAUUGUUGUUUAGUCUUAUGACUGUUUCAAGGGCUGUUUGUCUACAUGAAUAAGAGAUAAGUGGGCUUGUUGGAUUUGUAUUCAUCAAACGAAGUCUGAGCAUUGAAACAUAUGCAACUAGACUAUUCAAUAAACUCUUUAUCAGCAUCA